AUAUUUUAGUUGUUCCUGAUGUUCUGCUGCCUCCUCUCCUCUUCCUCUCUCAGGAUGAAGAUGUCUCAUUAGUUUAGCUCAGUAAAAUGAUUCAUAUUAGAUUUAAUAAAAGAGAUAAAUCCUUAGGAUUAAACCUUUUGGUUUAUUUUUCUUGGAAUUUCGACCGACUGGAUAUUUGCUGAGAAUCUCACAAACACAAAUGCAGCUCAGCAGAUUUCCUUAUAGAGGAAUGAUUCUCUUCACAGCUUCAGCUUUAUUUUCUUUGUGGUUCAUUUGCAAUGUUGUUAUUUAAAAUAUAUAUUACUGUCACAUUUUAUUAGAAAAGUGUGAAAUAUAUGUGAAAAACUUAAUGAAUUCUAGAAAAAAAACCAACAAACAAUUUUCUGAUUUUACUUUCUGGUGUUUUCUCCUCUUGAAUUAUAACAGAAUAAUAUAAUACAGCCCUGUUUUUCUUUUCCUAACCAGGAUUCCAGUUAUUAUAAGGAACAACUGGACUCCUGGACUUGAUGUUGAUCCUGAUGUUCUGCUGCCUCUCCUCCUCUUCCUCUCUCAGGAUGAAGAUGAUCUCCAGCAUCCUGCUGCUCCUCAUCCUCAGCUCAUGUCUCUGUGGUGAACCAGCUGUAACAAAGCAGAGAGAAAUAAAAAUCUCAGCUGUUCCUGGACAGAACGUCUCUCUGCCAUGCCGACUCCCCAACAACAAACCUGCUGUGGUUGUGAAGUGGACCAGACCGGACCUGGAACCAGAAAAUGUCCUCCUGUUCAGAGAUGAUCAGCCUGAUCCAGAGAUCCAGCAUCCAUCUUUUAGGAAGCGGGUGGAGCUGCAGGACAGACGGAUGAAGGACGGAGACGUGUCUUUGCUUCUGAGCAACGUGACGACCAACGACUCGGGAAAAUACGAGUGUCAAGUUUCACAGACAGAAGCAACCGACAGGAAGAGACGCACUUUGACCUCUGACCCCAUCAGGAUCGUCUUGCUGGAUGUGCAAAAAACUGAUUGAA